GCUGGGAACCAGUGACCGCUCGUUUCCUCCAGGCUGUGUCCCCUUCCUGACGGGAAAGGAGCUCGCGCUAGGGUGGCUCUUUGCCUCCGGACCUCGGGCAGCUGCUGGAGCUGGCCAAGUGCCGGGGGGCUCAGCGCUGCCUGCCGCCGGGAGAGGAGCCAGGCAAAGCACUGGCCUGGGAACACCGCUUCUACUCCUUACACCAUGACAGAGGAAAGCAAAGGGGAUAGCAAGGGGGAAAGCGGGAAGGACUUGGAGAAGCAGCUUCGCCUGCGUGUGUGUGUCCUCAAUGAGCUGCUUAAGACCGAGCGGGACUAUGUGGGCACGCUGGAGUUCCUGGUAUCGGCUUUCCUUCACCGAAUGAUCCAGUGUGCGACAGCCAAAGUGGAUAAAAAUGUCACAGAAGAGACAGUUAAGAUGUUGUUUUCAAAUAUCGAAGAUAUCCUUGCAGUUCACAAAAAUUUCCUGUCUCUGGUGGAGGAAUGCUUGCAACCAGAACCUAAUGCGCAGCAUGAAGUGGGAACUUGCUUUCUUCAUUAUAAAGAGAAAUUCCGUAUCUAUGAUGAAUACUGCAGUAACCAUGAGAAGGCACAGAAAGUUCUGCUUGACCUUAACAAAAUAAGAACAGUGCGGACUUUUCUUUUGAAUUGCAUGCUGCUUGGAGGACGUAAGAACACAGAUGUGCCAUUGGAGGGGUAUCUAGUAACGCCGAUACAGAGAAUAUGCAAGUAUCCCCUUCUUUUGAAGGAGUUACUGAAGCGGACUCCAAGGAAACACAGUGACUAUGCAGCAUUAAUGGAAGCCCUCCAAGCCAUGAAAGCUGUCUGCUCCAACAUAAAUGAGGCCAAGAGACAAAUGGAAAAAUUAGAGUUUUUAGAAGAAUGGCAGUCUCAUGUUGAAGGAUGGGAGGUUUCCAAUUUUAUGUUGUACUCCUCCUGCUUACUACACCUGCUGUUUCUUGAACCUGCUCUUCCUAAGCAUGCCCUGUACAUCUCCAGCAGAAGAUUGUCUCCCCCUGCCUUCCAGAAGGGCUCAGCUGGAACAAGCCAUGUUCUUAAAGGAGCGUUAAAAUUAUUUGAUAACCUUUUGAUCUACUGCAAAAAAAAGCACAGGCGAUUGAAGAACAGCAAAGCUUCUACAGAUGGCCAUCGUUACCUUUUUCGAGGCAGAAUAAACACAGAAGUGAUGGAAGUAGAAAAUGUGGAUGAUGGAACAGCUGACUAUCAUAGCAGCGGCCAUACUGUUGUUAAUGGCUGGAAGAUCCACAACACAGCAAAGAACAAAUGGUUUGUAUGUAUGGCAAAAACUCCUGAAGAGAAGCAUUUUGGAGAAUAUUUUGAAAUUUAAUGGCAAUGUCACUUCAUAAAAUCUGAAUGUAUCUUGGCAGGUUUAAAACUGGGCAUGGAACAAGACACUUGGGUGAUGAUCUCCGAACAAGGAGAAAGGCUGUACAAAAUGAUGUGCAAACAAGGGAAUCUCAUCAAAGACAGGAAGAGGAAACUAACCACUUUCCCCAAAUGCUUUCUUGGAAGCGAAUUUGUGUCCUGGUUGUUGGAAAUUGGAGAGAUACACAGAUCUGAAGAAGGUGUUCAUCUUGGCCAAGCUUUGUUAGAGAAUGGCAUUAUCCAUCAUGUCACAGAUAAGCACCAAUUCAAACCUGAACACAUGCUGUACAGAUUCCGAUAUGAUGAUGGAACAUAUUAUCCAAGAAAUGAAAUGCAGGAUGUGAUUUCUAAGGGUGUACGACUGUACUGUCGCCUUCACAGUCUGUUUACCCCAGUAAUUAGGGAUAAGGAUUAUCAUCUGAGAACCUACAAAUCUGUAGUCAUGGCUAACAAACUCAUAGACUGGUUGAUUGCACAGGGGGAUUGCCGGACCAGGGAGGAAGCUAUGAUCUUUGGUGUAGCUCUUUGUGACAAUGGAUUUAUGCACCAUGUGUUAGAAAAAAGUGAAUUUAAAGAUGAACCGCUGCUGUUCCGUUUUUUUGCGGACGAAGAAAUGGAAGGGUCAAAUAUGAAGCACAAGCUCAUGAAACAUGAUUUAAAAGUAGUGGAAAAUGUCAUAGCCAAGUCAUUAUUGAUUAAAUCUAAUGAAGGUACCUAUGGUUUUGGUUUAGAAGAUAAAAAUAAAGUGCCAAUUAUUAAAGUGGUGGAGAAAGGAUCGAAUGCUGAGAUGGCAGGCUUGGAAGUUGGGAAAAAAAUCUUUGCCAUUAAUGGUGACCUGGUUUUUCUGCGACCCUUUAGUGAAGUGGAUUGCUUCCUGAAAGCCUGUUUAAACAGCAGAAAGCCCCUACGGGUUCUUGUGAGCACUAAACCACGGGAGACAGUGAAGAUUCCUGACUCUGCGGAUGGACUUGGAUUCCAAAUCCGCGGCUUUGGCCCAUCAGUUGUCCAUGCUGUUGGGAGAGGAACAGUGGCGGCUGCAGCAGGUCUCCACCCUGGCCAAUGCAUAAUCAAAGUGAAUGGAAUUAAUGUCAGCAAAGAGACUCAUGCAAGUGUUAUUGCUCACGUCACAGCAUGCAGGAAGUACAGGCGUCCAAUGCAGCAUGAUUCUAUACAAUGGGUUUACAACAGUAUUGAAAGUGCACAGGAAGAUCUUCAGAAAACCAAUACUAAGCCCUCUGGAGAUGAUGGAGGAGAUGCCUUUGACUGCAAGGUGGAAGAGGUAAUUGACAAGUUUAACACUAUGGCAAUAAUUGAUGGGAAGAAAGAUCAUGUGAGCCUGACUGUUGACAAUGUUCAUCUGGAGUAUGGAGUGGUUUACGAGUAUGACAGCACAGCUGGAAUAAAAUGCCAUGUGUUAGAGAAGAUGAUUGAGCCAAAGGGUUUUUUCAGCUUGACUGCAAAGAUUCUAGAAGCACUGGCAAAAAGUGAUGAGCAUUUCGUCCAGAACUGCAGCAGCCUGAAUUCCUUAAAUGAAGUAAUCCCCACCGAGCUUCAGAGUAAAUUCAGUGUCAUUUGCAGUGAGAAAAUUGAGCAUAUCUGCCGAAGAAUCUCUAGUUAUAAAAAGUUUUCAAGAGUAUUGAAAAACAGAGCUUGGCCUACGUUCAAACAAGCUAAGUCAAAGAUUUCACCACUUCACAGCAGUGAUUUCUGUCCAACCAAUUGCCAUAUCAAUGUGAUGGAAGUCUCUUACCCUAAAACCUCAACUUCUCUUGGUAGUGCCUUUGGUGUACAGUUAGACAGCAGAAAGCAUUCUUCACAUGAAAAAGAAAAUAAAAGCACUGAUCAAGGUAAACUGAAUCCUAUGAUUUAUGUUCAGCAUACUAUUACCACCAUGGCUGCCCCCUCCGGACAGUCUCUUGGCCAGCAAGAGGGCCAUGGUCUGAGGUACCUUUUAAAAGAAGAAGAUUUAGAAACACAAGAUGUCUAUCAGAAAUUGUUGUUCAAAUUGCAAGCUGCACUGAGAGAGGUGGAAACAUGUGUCUGUCAGAUAGAUGACCUUCUUUCUUCAAUAACAUAUUCUCCCAAAUCAGAACGUAAAACGCCUGAGCCUUUAAUACCAGCGGACAGUGAUAAUGAAAAGGGAGAAAGGAAUGGAAAGAAGGUCUGUUUCAGUGUGACAGGUGAUGAACAGGAAGAUUCUGGUCAUGACACCAUCAGCAACAGGGAUUCUUACAGUGACUGCAAUAGCAACAGGAACUCAAUUGCCUCAUUCACCAGCAUUUGUAGCAGUCAAUGCAGUUCAUACUUUCACAGUGAUGAAAUGGAUUCAGGUGAUGAGCUUCCCAUAAGUGUUCGAAUCUCUCACGAUAAACAGGACAAGCUCCAUAGCUGUUUGGAGCAUCUUUUUGGUCAAGUAGAUUCAAUUGUCAAUCUUCUGAAGGGACCAGCUGUGGUGAGAGCCUUUGAACAGACAAAAUACUUUACACCAGGUCGAAGCCUGCAAGAAUUUCAGCAGGAAAUGGAACCGAAGCUUAGCUGUCCAAAGAGGCUACGACUCCACAUUAAGCAAGACCCUUGGAACCUUCCCAGUAGUGUCCGAAGUCUUGCCCAGAAUAUCAGAAAAUUUGUGGAAGAGGUGAAGGCACGGAUACUCUUGGCACUUCUUGAGUAUACAGACAGUGAGAUACAACUGAGGCGAGACAUGGUCUUCUGUCAGAGUCUCGUGGCCACAGUCUGUGCUUUUUCAGAGCAACUAAUGGUGGCCUUAAGUCAGAUGUUUGACAACAGCAAAGAAUAUGAAAUGGAGACUCUGGAGGCCAGCAGAAGGUGGUUGGAGCAGAUUGCUAAUGCAGGUGUUCUCCUCCAUUUCCAGUCACUGCUGUCACCCAAUCUGGCUGAUGAGCAAGCCAUGCUAGAAGAUACAUUGGUUGCGCUGUUUGACUUGGAAAAAGUUACUUUUUACUUCAGACAGUCAGAGCCAGAACCACUAGUUGCAAAUGUUCCGAUCACAUACCAAGCAGAAGGAAGCCGGCAAACCCUGAAGAUUUACUUUUACCUUGAUACUUACCAUUUUGAACAGCUUCCGCAAAGGCUAAAGAAUGGAGGAGGAUUUAAAAUUCACCCAGUACUUUUUUCACAAGCACUGGAGAGCAUGGAAGGAUAUUAUUACAGAGACAGUGUCUCAGUAGAAGAGUUUCAAGCUCAGAUUAAUGCAGCCUCACUAGAAAAAGUCAAGCAGUAUAACCAGAAACUAAGAGCAUUCUACUUGGACAAGUCGAACCUGCCUCCAAAUUCAACAUCUAAAGCAGCAUAUAUAGAUAAGUUUAUGAGACCUCUCAAUUGCUUGGAUGAACUUUACCGACUCAUAGGGUCCUUUAUCCGAUCCAAACGCACCGCUGCCUGUGCGUACACCGCUUGCAGUGCUUCUGGAGUUGGGUUGCUCUCGGUGUCUUCGGAGCUCUGUAACAGGCUUGGAGCAUGUCACAUCAUUAUGUGCAACAGUGGAGUUCACCGCUGCACUCUGAGCGUUACCCUGGAGCAAGCGAUCAUUCUGGCUCGGAGCCAUGGGCUACCUCCUCGCUAUAUCAUGCAAGCUACAGAUGUCAUGCGCAAACAGGGAGCAAGAGUACAAAAUACAGCCAAGAAUUUAGGAGUGAGGGAUCGAACGCCGCAGUCCGUCCCAAGAUUAUACAAGCUAUGCCAGCCACCACCACCUGUUGGAGAAGAAUGAGGAGAGCUACUGCAGAAAAAAAUGAAAUACUGGCUUUUAGGACACCAGGACUAUAAAAUCUAACUGCAUUGUAGCAGUGUGUGCCUGGGGCUUUGAAAAAUAAAGGCCCUUUACUCAGGAUAAAGAAAGAAAUAUCCUAAAUAAUCUCUAUUGACAUUGGAAUAUGACUUCCAAAAAAGCAUUUCUGGAAUCUGUGCACUCCAGCCUUAUGUUAGUAAAACAGGAAUUUUCCUUGGGAAUUUUACACUGGAAUCAGGUUCACUAGAUGCGUCCUGUUCAGCCACAUGAAAUAGACACAAUCAGCAGCGUGAAAACAAAUCUCUUGUGUCCAAGUGAAGUCAUUCUCUCUGAACUAGCAGGAUAUGUUCUUGUGAAAGGAAUAAAAGCCUAGAUAACGGGCAUGCACUUCAUAUGGGGCCCUUUGCACUGAUAAUCCUUUUUUUUUUCCUGUCAGCAUCAUAAUUUCUCACCUUUUCAUAACAAUGAAAUUAAAGUUUCAAGGAUAUAAUGUAAGUGAGGUUUAAGGAUAAAAACUCAUCUCAGAAUUGUGCCUAAUGACUACAAACUGACUGCUUCUAUGAAUGUAUGCUCAUAUAAACACAGCUAUGUCUAAAGCAGCCCAUUGCCAUACCUAUUUUGAAGGAAUGUGAAUGUAGCAUCUGAGUUGCAGUAUUACCCUUUUCCAGUUGUCAUUAUAUUGAAGAAGAGAAGGAUCUUAAGUCUGAUCUUCUUCCAUAAUUAAACUGAAUAACUCUGAAAUACAGAGGCACAGUAAUGUAAAACAGCCAUUAGAUGUCGGAGUCUUGAAUUCAAAAUUGUGCAUAUUCUUAUACAGUAUUAUGUUUGCAAAACUACACAAGAUGAGGAGGAGUUGAUGUUGUUACAUUUAACUGGAAAUAUUUGUGUAAGUUUUGGUGUUUUAAUGUUUUACGGCACCAUUUACAUUAUUUUGUCAAUGUUUUUUAUAGCUUUUCAGUUCUUUCUUGUGAAGUUGUAACUUCAUAACUGUUACAGAUUUAUUUUGAAGAUUCUCCUAUUUAGAGGGCGCAGGAAAAUACAUCUGUAUCUAACUGCUUUUUUGGCCAAAGUAUUUUCAGAGAAAAUGCCCCCAAAUGACAUUUCGUGUCAGAACACAAUAAAGCAAAAUUCUGAAAUAGUUCUAGUUGUAGUAGUAGCUACACAUUGUGUUAGACAUGUACUGUCUGAAUAAAAUUUAUUUUCUAUGCAGUAGCAGCCUAUAGUCAUGUUGUAGCAACCAAACCUCACAGCAUAAUUUUUUGCAUAUUACCUAAUUAUUUAUAAAAUUUUCAACAAAUGGAUUAAUCCACAAAGAAAUAGAUGGGAAUUCAGAACAAGCCUUACUCUUGCAAAGAGUGCUCUUUACAUAGGAUGUAUAGGGGACUUGAUAUGUUUCUCCAAAGGAGGAAUUAGGACUCCUACAGUUUUCAGUAUUUGUAAGUUUUCACACAGACUUUAACUUUGCUAAGAAAGUAAAUAUUUUUAUAUAUCUACAGAUAUAUAUGUCUGCACAUAUUCUAUCUUCAGUAUGUAUAUAGUUAUAUAGCCAUAUCCAUUUAUUAGUGAUCUGACCUUGAAUAUAGAAUGUUUUCCUUAAACUGUGACAAAAACAUGCAAUAAUGAACACAAGUCACAAUUUCUCCUCUGUGCUUUGAAGUUUAUACUCUUGAAUAGUUAUGGGAAAGUAUGGGACUUAAAUUUUUUUGGUUAAAAAAAGAAAAAAGUUUUACUCUGUAGAAACUUACUUUUGUCUAAGAUGACCUAAUGCUUGUACAAAAGAAAAGAAUGAAUCACAAUUUAUAUAGUUGCUGUUCUAGUCAGAGUAUUUCAUACUUCUGGAUGUGUUUUAUUCAGAGAGGCAGUACUGGUUAAGAUAAUUCCUGCUCCAGGAGGAAGUGCCAAAAAUGUUUCCGUUAUUGCUUGUUCAGAAAUCAGAAAUACAUAGAAGGCGUAAUCGUCUCCUGCCAAGGACGGCGCUGCAAAGCCUGUGGAAGGGCGGUGUGUUCUGAAUGGUGGGGUCAGCCUCUGCUGGGAGUUCAGUCUUGCUAUUUCUGUAUAAUAUAACCUACAGGACAAAAUCUUUUGUUGCAUGCACACACGUUAUUGCAACUAAUCUGUUGAUCACUUUUUUAUCACAUUGAAAAAUGGCAGGAGUGUAAGUAUGCCAAAAUGCUCUCUUCUAUAACUCAGUAAUUUUAAGACUUUGUUUUGUGUUUGAAAGCAUAGGGUAACAGAAACUUUUAAAUACUGAGGGACAAAUAGUUAUGAGCCACAGUCACUAGAACAAAUUCUUCAGCUGUUGUUUCACUUGAGCGUGCAUCAAAAAUCUUGACUUUUUUUUUUAAUCUAAUUUUUGUUGUUUUCUUACGGGGAAGAUAGAAUGGACUGGGUUCUCAAGCUCUCCUUAAUCUUGAAGUAGUCAAAAAGUUACUGAGCACUGUGAGGUUCAUUAUCUAAAGCACUGGCUAGGACCUAUGCUGCAAAAUAAUUUACCUAAUUAGGCUGGUAUAUUCAGAGGGGUCUGAUAAACUUAAGCCCUAGUUUCCUGGGAUUUCAGGUGGGAUAUAGAGGUAGGGUUUUCAAAAUACUCAAAGGAAAUUAUAUAUAAAUCUCCUAUUGUUUCUCUAUGGAAAGUGGGUGCCUGAUUUUUCAAAAUUUCUGUAAAGCUAGUGCUCACUUGAAACUAAGGAAUUUUUCAAACUGCUUUUCUUGGCCCUCUGUUUUCAGAACACAUUGCACAUUCUAACACCUCUGGGUUCUAACAAAAUUAGAUGGACGUUGAAGAAGCCUGUUCUUAAAUGAUCAGUUAUCAGUGUUGGUGACUAAAGCUAUUUAUCUUGCUUGGUAAAUGUACAGGUGUAUUUAUGUCUUAUGCAAUGCAUGCAUGCAGGAUAAAAGUUAGUUCUCAUCCCAGUAUGUUUACCCUCUCAUAGAUUUUUUAAGCUUGCAGACAAUGAGAAGAGAUGACCAAGAGUGAUGGUUUACAAGAACUGUAACACCCAUAGCUUGUGAACCCUUUACUUCUACUGCAAUAGAUUAUGCAAUCUGUUUUUUUAUACCAGUUUAGGGAAAGCAUUCUGUAUGUAAUUUCUAGGUCUUAAUUCAAGUCAAGUUUAAUAUUCUUGGGAAUAAAAUUCAAGCAUCUAUAGACAUACCUUACCAAAUACUGACUACUAUAAUUCAGUGGUAGAGUGUGUUAUGGGAGAUUCAGGUAGGAGGGCAGGGUUAAGAGGCAAGUAACAGUUAAGUCAUGCGAUAGUGUUCAUGUUUGGAAAGAACUUGCUUAUUGUUUUUAAGGUAGAGCUGAUGAUGUUGGGACUGUCUUUGUAACCAUCUUCUAUAAAUAAUAGGAUGUUAAACAGUCUUUCUGCUAUGAAAUGAGCAUUGGUUCAGUGUAGCUCCUCAAAUUAAGUAUUUUGUAACACUUAUCGUCCUUGCAGGUUGUAAAUGUAAAUGAAUACAAAAAAGGUGUAUGUGCCGAUUUCUAAUUGUUGAGCACAUUUGUGUUUAGGAAUCUACUUUAAAGUAAAUAUUUCUGCUUUCAGCUGAACCAACAUCAAUUAUAUGUCCACUGAGAAAGUUACAAUCUUCCGAUGUCUUUUUAGAUAGCUUAGCCCAGUGGUUUUAGCAAAUGCGUCUGUUUUAUUUAUUUUUUUUAAUGCGGACAAUAGUAGUCAGAACUGCUAUUCUACUGUUUUAUAGCAAAACAAUCAAAUUAGGAUUUAUAGUAAUCAUAUUUCAUUUCAUUUAUUAGAAUCCCCUAUUCUGAGUGUGGAAAAAAAAUGAACCGGUUUUAUUGCUGUACUUUUACGUGGAGAAAUUCAUAGCAAGCAGCAGUGAUUUAUUUCAUUAAUUCAUUGUCAAAUGUAGCAUAUAUAUUUAAGACAAUUGCUUGAAUGUGAGUGUACACAUUGUGAUUAAGCAUGAUGUUCAAAACAGGAAAGUAUCUUUCAUUUGUUUUCAUUUACAUUUGUAAAAUUAGUAUCUGUAGUAUAUAUACAAUAUUGUUUCUUGCUCUUUACUUUGCAGCUACUACAUGGUUUUGUCUUUCAGCAUUUUAUGCAUAUUUUGCACCAUUAUUGUUUAACAUGAUGGAAACAGGAGAAUUUCUUAAGCUAAUGCAUUGCCUUAGGUUUUUUUGUGCUUGUUGAGAAACGCGGGUAAUGCUUUUCUAAUUGUACUCCUGCAGUACACUGGCAUUGGUAAAUUAGAGGCACAGUGCAUACCUGUCUCAGGAUACCUGGAUUUUUGAUGACUAGGUUUUGAUAUAUAAAAGAUACUGAACUCACUUAUAUUUUUAUAUGCUGACAAUUGAUUUUUUUAUAUAUUGUAUAUAUCCACUGAGAAGUGUUUCUAAAAAAAAAUGCAUUAUUAGGAGUAUUGCCUUUUUCCUGCUAAAACAGGUGACUGUUUUCUUGUUACAUGAUUAUAAAUGAAUAUCCUGCAAGCAUAUUCAUGCAGAUAUUAGUACCAAUGAGAAAUUUCAGAUUGUCUAGAGACCAAUCACGUACUCAUUUCUUAUGUUUUCCUCCAGAAAUAACAUCUCCAUGCUAGAAAUUCUGUAUUGCUAGAAUGGAACUACAUUUAGAAAUAAAUUCUGCUUCAGUUUGAAAGUCCAGUGGAGUGCACUUCCACAGUAGCAGGGACAUUUGUGCAAGGACUUAGGUUUGGACUAUCAUGGGAAUAUCCACAACAUCUUUAGUGUGUGUGUGUCCUAUAUGUACACCAUGCGUAUGUGUCAGAUUUAAAAUUUAAGCAGCAUUAUUCACUUUUUAAUGCCCUGUAUAUAGUGUAUGUAGUUGUUUAUGCUUGUUCAUUAAGAAAAAUGAGUACUUUUUGCAUCUAAGUAUUGCACACAUUUUUCAAAUGAAGAAUAUAUUGUUUGUAACUUCUUAGUAAGCACAAGAGAGCAUUACUUUUUUGAAAGAUAUAUAUAUAAAUACAUCAAUACACACAGUCUGUCAGUGAGCAUUUGUUUGAAAACAGUUGAACUAGCAGCUUUGUGGGCAGUUGCGUUUGUUAGAAGUAACCUUUGGAAUUUAAUGUUAAAUUUCCUUGAAACAUGGAUUUAAAUUACUUUUUCUUAUUUGUAAAGUGCCUAUGUAGCAUACUUUGAGUCUGUUACUAUAUUGAUUAUGGAUUAAACUAAUACUAUGUA